UUGAACGUCUCAGGAGCAAAGCUCAUUGACUGCGUUAGAGUGGGAGCUCCGAGUCAGAAGGACGAGCGGCGGCUUACCUGCCCACCAGAGUCCGGGAUCGUGAACUCGCCGACCGGGGACGUGGAAAAUAGCAAACCCGUCGCUUCUGACUAAGGAAAGUAAAAGGACAUUUCGAAGUGAGUUUCGCGGGACUUACGCGUAGGACCCGAGGAGCGGGCAUGUUGAGGAAAUGAUAGCCGAGUGAGAAGUGACUUCCAGGUGGACAAAUGGCGUGAUUCCCCCCCGCGCGACACCACCGUCAUGUUUCCGUGGAAGCGACAGAAAGUUUCACCAGGAAACCAACUCGCUUUGUGACUCCUUUUUUUUUCUUUUCUCUAAAUUUUUUUUUUUUUACUUCUUUAUAUCCCAACCCAGCGGCAGAGUCCGCCGACAUGUCCAACCCCGCGUUGAGGAAGAACCACUGGACCUCCCGGGUGAACGAGUGCUCCGUGUCCCAAGAUGCCCGCGGGGACUUGAACGUACCACUGCGCGGGGGAGCGGAGAACGGAGAGUUCGUUCUGAUCGGGCAACCCCAGCAGGAUAAAGUGCUUUACAACAGUGGACAUUUGUCUGAUGGGGAGCUUCUUCUGGAGGUGGAGAACCUUCCCGUCUCAGGAUUACCGCUUUACGACGUGCGGACACUCAUUCAGAGCUGCAAAGGUCCGGUCAGGUUGAAAACCGUCAGGCAAGGAAACAAGCUGAACAAGGACCUGAAGCACUAUCUCAGCCAGCGCUUCCAGAAGUCUUCGCCGGACCACGAACUGCAGCAGAUUAUCCGAGACAACCUUUACCGCCACGCCGUGCCUUGUACUACCAGACCCCCUCGAGAAGGAGAAGUUCCUGGUGUGGAUUACACUUUCCUAUCCGUAGAAGACUUCCUGGAGUUGGAGACGAGCGGCACCCUGUUGGAAAUAGGAACGUACGAAGGAAACUACUAUGGGACACCAAAGCCGCCGGUGCAGCCCCCCGCUGGGAAAGUGAUCAGCAACAACAACAGCAGCAGCGGCGGCGGUGAUGCCCGCCGGGCCGACAGGUUCAGUGGUAGUCUGCCGGGCUCGCAGGACUCCACGCCCCGACAACGCACCAAGUCCUACAAUGACAUGUACAAUGCUGGACUAGUGCCUGGAGAACUGCUGCAGGAGGACGACGAGGACCUCCCUGACAUGAACAGUAUCUACACAGACUCAAGCGACCUCGACGAGAUCCAUCGCUCGGUGAGACCCUUUACCAGCCGCCAGAGCGACCCGCCCUACCCGGGGAGGACCCCCUCACCAACGGCCACCACGGAGAGCACUCAGCAGACUCACCCUAACCCGAGCCAUCCCUCCCAGGAGGACCCUCAGGGACCUCUGCCUGACAACUGGGAGAUGGCCUACACCGAGAACGGCGAGGUCUAUUUUAUAGACCACAACACAAAGACCACCUCUUGGAUAGACCCUCGGUGCCUGGACAAACCUCAGAAACCCCUGGAAGAAUCUGAAGAUGACGAAGGGGUCCACACAGAGGAGAUGGACAACGACCUUGAACUUCCACCAGGAUGGGAGAAAAUAGAUGAUCCGGUGUAUGGCGUCUACUAUGUUGAUCACAUCAACAGGAAGACCCAGUAUGAGAAUCCAGUGCUGGAGGCGAAGAGGCGGCGGCAGCUGGAGCAGCAACAGCCUCAGCCCCAAAGCCAGCAGCCACCCGAAGAAUGGAUCGAGGACUCGUUUGCAGACACCGGUCUAGCGAGUUUUGCUGCCAACCACCAGGAGACCUACAGAGACCCCCCGACUGGACCCACAGUUCCGAUGGGACAGAAACGAGGAAAGCCGUUCUUUACCCGGAACCGGUCGGAGCUAACGGGGACUUUCAUCAACACCAAGCUGAAGAAGAGUCGCCGGGGUUUCGGCUUCACUGUGGUGGGCGGCGACGAGCCGGACGAAUUCCUGCAAAUCAAGAGCCUGGUCCUGGACGGACCCGCCGCCCUGGACGGGAAAAUGGAGACAGGUGAUGUAAUAGUCAGCGUCAACGACAUCUGCGUGCUGGGCUACACCCACGCCCAAGUGGUGAAGAUCUUCCAGUCCAUCCCAAUCGACUCCAUGGUCAACCUGGAGCUCUGCCGGGGUUACCCGCUGCCUUUCGACCCCGACGACCCCAACACCAGCCUGGUCACCUCCGUGGCCAUCCUGGACAACAAGGAGCCCAUCAUCGUCAACGGCGGGGAGCCCGCCAACCACAUUUACGAACUACCCCCCGGCCACGGCAAAAACAACGGCGCCGUCAACGGCGGGGCGCCCCUCAACGGCCUGCCGCGCUCCCGCAGCCCCUCCGGCGAGGCGGCGUCCGACACGUCCUCGCAGCGCGGCUACAGCGACGUGGUCCACCUGGCCUCCUCCAUCGCCACGCAGCCGGAGCUCAUCACCGUGCACAUGGAGAAAGGAGACAAGGGCUUCGGCUUCACCAUCGCCGACAGCGUGGGGGGCGGAGGGCAGCGGGUGAAGCAGAUCGUGGACUACCCGCGCUGCCGGGGGCUGCGGGAGGGCGACAUCAUCGUGGAGGUGAACAAGAGGAACGUGCAGAGCAUGUCUCACAACCAGGUGGUGGACCUGCUCAGCAAGUGUCCCAAAGGCAGCGAGGUCACCAUGCUGGUGCAGAGAGGGGUGGCACCUGCAAAGAAGAGCCCGAAACUGGAUGAUUUGGAGAUGUCUCCACCGUACAGAGAUUACUCUAGGAGGCAAAUAUCGAGGAAGGACAGUCAGAACAGCUCCCAGCUCAGCGUCUCCAGCCACCGGAGUGCCCACACGGACUCACCCUUGCACCCGUCGCUGGCACCUACGCUCAGCGAGAGCGCUGCGCCGCCGCCGCCGCCCUCGCAGCCCCUGCCGGGCCUACCGCCCCAGGACACCCCGGCCGACGGGACCAUCCAGAGAAAACCGGAUCCCUUUAAGAUCUGGGCCCAGUCCAGGAGCAUGUAUGAAAGUAGGCUCCCAGACUUCCAGGAGCAGGAUAUAUUCCUCUGGAGGAAGGAAUCAGGGUUUGGCUUCAGAAUUCUCGGCGGAAACGAGGAAGGAGAGCCAAUCUACAUCGGCCACAUCGUCAAGUACGGCGCCGCCGACGAGGACGGACGACUGAGGUCCGGCGAUGAGCUGGUGUGCGUGGACGGCACCGCCGUGGUGGGCAAGUCGCACCAGCUGGUGGUGCAACUGAUGCAGCAGGCGGCCAAGCAGGGGCACGUCAACCUCACCGUGCGACGCAAGACCAACUACGCCGUAAAAGCGGAGGGAGACGCCCCGCCCUCGCCCACCUCGUCCCACCACAGCAGCACCACCCAGGGGCCCGGCCUGACGGAGGAGAUGGGCAAGCGAACCCCGCAGGGGAGCCAGAACUCCCUCAACACCGUCAGCUCCGGCAGCGGCUCCACCUCCGGCAUCGGCAGCGGCGGCGCCAACGCCGUCGUCCCCAUCCUCGCCUCCUCCUCCUCCUCCUCCUCCCAGCCUCCCAACGUCACCUCCAGCGCCUCCGCCCUCCAUCCCUACGACGUGGACAUCCGCCGCGGCGAGAACGAGGGCUUCGGCUUCGUCAUCGUCUCCUCCGUGUCGCGGCCCGAGGCCGGCACCACCUUCGCUGGCAAUGCAUGUGUGGCCAUGCCCCACAAAAUAGGGCGCAUCAUCGAGGGGAGCCCGGCGGACCGCUGCGGGAAGCUGAAGGUGGGGGACCGCAUCCUGGCGGUGAACGGCUGCUCCAUCACCAACAAGUCGCACUCGGACAUCGUCAACCUCAUCAAGGAGGCCGGGAACACCGUCACGCUGCGCAUCAUUCCCGGGGAUGAGUCGUCGAAUGCAUCUUUGCUGACCAACGCGGAGAAGAUCGCCACCAUCACCACCACACACACGCCGCAGCAGCAGGCUGCACCUGAAGCCAGAAACAACACCAAACCAAAACAGGAGUCGUUCGAGUUCAAAGCCCCCCAGGCCCCUCCCCCGCAGCUACCGACACAAGUCUCCACCCAGGAUUCUGAGUUUUACUCAGCGGACCUGGAGAGAGAUAGCAAAGGCUUCGGCUUCAGUCUGCGGGGAGGCAGAGAAUACAACAUGGACCUCUACGUGCUGAGAUUAGCGGAGGACGGAGCGGCCGUCCGCAACGGGAAAAUGAGGGUCGGCGAUGAGAUCUUGGAGAUCAACGGCGAGAGCACCAAGGGCAUGAAGCACUCCCGAGCCAUCGAGCUCAUUAAGAGCGGAGGCCGACGCGUCCAUCUGGUGCUCAAGAGGGGCGACGGCUCGGUGCCGGAAUAUGACGGCGGCAGCCACGUCGGCAGCAGCGCAGCCUCAGGGUUACAAAACGCUGCGGAAGUGAGCUCCGUGCCGCCCUUCAACGAGCCGUCGGAGCAAAGCUACAACCCAGAACCCCAACAGUCAUCCCGCCCCAGGAAGGAGACCGCCCAUCAGUCUUCGGGCGCUGGCAAGCACCAUUCCCAUCACCGCCAUCGCUCUCCUCACAAGAAGAGCGGCACAGGAAGACACAGAAGGAUCAAAUCCCCAGGAAAGAGCAAUUUGUUGAAGAAGAAGAAAGAUAAGGGAAAAUCUGGCCACCGCCAUCACCAGUCCAGCGGGCACAACCACGGACGCCGGCAUUCCCCCGACAAGGGGUACAAACGUUCGCAGAGUGCAGAAAACGCCUUGGACGGCCGCCAUGGUCGCUCUCCAGAAAGACACCGUCACCACUCGCCCCGUCGCCACCGCUCGCCCCGUCGCUCCCCUUAUCGCUCGCCCCGUCGCUCCCCGUAUCGUUCGCCACGCCGCUCCCCUUACCGCUCGCCACGCCGCUCGCCUCCCCGCUACAGGUCGCCCCAUCGCUCUCGCCAUCGUUCCCCCGCCAGACACCACACCCGCUCCCUGGAUCCCUACCGCAGGUCCCCGCAAGGAGAGCGGCGCCACGUCAACGAGAAGCCCAACGCAGACGAGGCGGUUUUGAAGGAAGACACUCCUGAACCCAGCUUCGCUUUUGACGACGUCCUCCGUGAGCCGCCUGCCUUAGGACGCCUCAACAGGGAGGCGGCGCGACUUCCGCCGGACAGGGAGGAGCGCCCCCUUUUGGAGGAGAGUCUCUUGACAAAAGCGUCCACCAUGGAGAGAGCGUACCGCGGGGAAGGCCUGCUGAAGGACGUCAUCUCCCGCAACCAGAAGGACAACUUCGGGCACACGUCCCUGCCCAGAGUGCGGACUCCCGACUCCGCCUUCGAUAGGUACAGCUCGCUGCUACGGGGGCGAUCGCCGGAGAGGGCGAACCGGGACAGACAUUACGCCAGCAGAGGUUCCACCCCGGAACCGCAGUACCGGACCCGCAGCCUGGGACGAGACAUCUCCCCGAUCAGGAGCCCCAGAAGGGAAGACUCGGAGGACGAAGAGGACGACGACCAAUUCGUGGCGGCGAAGGUGACCGAGUACUACAGCACCCUCAAGACCGACGUGGGCCGCUCGGCCAAGCCUUGGCUUCCGGAGCCCAAGAGGACCUCCAAGGACAACCCCAAAGAUCUGAGCAUCUGAUUGGACAGCAGCCGGUCCAAUCGCAGCCACAAGUCAGCUCACGACACGACGAAGGAACGCAACACAACACCUGCACGCCGUUUGGAUGAAUCGAUGUUACAAGGUCCAGGAACCAGACUCUGGUCCUGUCUUUGUCUGUUUUUUGUUUUGUUUUUUUAUUGUAUCUUUCCCCUUUUUUUGGUUUGAAUCCUGUUCUGCAUUUAGACUCAUUCAGACUUUUCCAUAAAAAGUAAAAGCAUAAAAAAAAACAAUGAUGUGCCUAACAGUUCCAUCCAUUUUUUUGUUGUUGAUUUUUGUUCCUUUUAUUUGAUACUCGGCGGGCGUUUUGUUCUGCCCUGUCACUAAAUAAUGAUUCGACGUCUGUACUUUUCCACUAAGACCCCAAGGACGCGUCACACCCGCAUCACUGGAACGCCACCUGAAGCGGUGAUGGUGUGCAUGUCUCUCUCUCUCUUUCUCUCUCUCUCUCUCCCUGUCCCUCCCCCCUCUCUCUGUUUUAUAGACAUUUAUUUACCAGACUAUAGCACAAGCCUGCAUUUGUAUAUUUUUGACAGUUUGCAGUAUGUGUACAUUCAGAGGUGUUCAUUUGAAACAAAUGAAGGGGAAAAGUUCAACUAUGAUGAUGGUGAUGUUCAAAUAAAAUAAUAUAUUCAACAAA